UCCGAAAACGGAUACUCAUUCAAAAAAGCAAGGACGGUCGCCGGCCCUCCCCGUUCCUGGUAUGCAAGAAAGUGGCCUCCAGGAGGGCCCGUUUCGAGACACGAGGAAGGGAAACGGAGACACGGUGCAGAAAGCGCCCGUUCUGCGAGACAGCGAUGGCUGACGGCGGGCACGGACGGCGGCACAAAGAAGCGGAGGAGGAGGAGGAGGCGGCCGGCGCCGGCUGCGCCCCCGGGGGCUCCGCGCGUUAUUUUUGCACCGCCGGGCGCGGGAUGGAAGUUUUCCUGCUGCGGGAAGUCCGCGCGCGGCUGGACGCCACGGAGGUGGAUUGUGCAUCAGGAAAAGUUUUCUUCACCACCAGCGCUGAGCUGACUAGGUUGAAGAAGCUGAAGUCUGCUGAGCGGUUAUUUUUGCUGCUGAAUAGAUCUCCUCCACUCUCCAUCUCUAGAAAUAAAGGAAAAGUAAUUAAUGACAUUAAUAGACUUGUAAGUGAAGAUCCAAGCUGUUGGCUGGAUACUGUUGCCGUUUGGCAAAGACUUCAUGGUCAGGAGAUGAAGCCAGAUGACAUGUGUCAGAAAUCUCCAGCUUCUAGAAAACGGAAAAUGGAAGAUGAGGGAGAUAUCAAACCAAAAAAUCAGAAAGGAGAACCAAUACAGUCAGUUCCUGCAGAAAGUCAAAUAGAGAAGACACAGACAUAUGACACAUCAGAGGCUCUGAAGGAGAAUGUUUUGUCCGAGGAUACGCCCUUUCUAGAAAAAACUCAUGAACUUAUCCAAGAGAAUUCUACUGAGGAAAGCAGUUGCUUCACCUUUAGAGUAUCUUGCCGAUCCAGUGGAGCACUUGCAAAAAUAUUUACUGCACAGGACUUGGGGAGAAUAAUUGGAAUAGCCCUCAUGAAGAGUUUUGGAUGGAAAGCAGACUUGAGAAAUCCUGACAUAGAGAUCUUUGUCCACCUAAAUGAUCUUUACACUGUGAUUGGCAUACCUGUUUUCAGACUUCCCUUGGCUAGCAGAGUAUAUAUCAAAACUGCUGGAUUACGAUCUACUGUUGCUUGGGCUAUGGCAUCUCUUGCUGAAAUCAAGACUGGUGCCUUUGUAUUGGAUCCUACUUGUGGUCUUGGAACACUACUUCUAGAGGCUGCCACUGAGUGGCCUAAUGUGCAUUAUUUAGGAGUUGACAUAAGUGAUUCACAGUUACAAGGAGCCUAUUCAAAUAUUAAAGCUGCAAGCCUGAUGAAUAAGAUCCAGUUAUUGAAAGCUUCUGCAACAGCACUGCCAUUGACUUCGGAAAGCAUUGACAUUGCGUUGGCAGACAUUCCCUUUGGAAAGAAGUUCAAAAUAACAAAAGACACGGAGUUAAUUCCAGAUAUUCUUCAAGAACUUGAAAGGGUGCUCUGUGCUGGAGGAACUGCUGUGCUAUUACUUAGUCAAGAGCUGUACAAGCGCCUCUCCAAUAACGUGGCUAGUAAUCCUGAUUCUAGCGUUCGCAUCACUGUAGAACCUGCUAAUGAUUGCACCAAAAGUGCCAUCAUGUCGGUCAAGUCAAACCCUGAAGAAGAAAGUUACAGCCCCUGCACUGCUCCAUCAUCAGCUCAAGAGGGAGAGCAAGAACAGAUUGUCAGGAAAAGAACAACUCUUGGCUCUCUGAUGCUUGUGGAAUCCGUCAAAGUUAGUCUAGGUAAAACAGAUGCAUUUAUAUGCAAAUAUAAAAAGCUAACUGCAAGCCUAACAAAAAGGUAGCAGCAAUCAGAAUAUGGAGUUGGAACAAUUUUGCACUGGGGGACUUGAUUUUGGAAGUCAGCCCUGUACUAGCUUUUGCAGUGCCAUUGAGUCCCAAAGGCUGUAAGCCUAGAAGGGAAAUCCUGCUUUCACACCCCAAAGAGCCAUUGGAAUGCUAACAGUACUGGGUUAAAUAAACUGAUGGUUCAACUCAUUGUAAAGCA